AUGGGCAGAGAACUAAAAUCUGUUUCUGUCUUCUCUGUUCUUCUUCUUCUCCUCUCGCUCUUGUUAAGCAACUUGGUUUAUGGGACAGAAGCUCGGCCUUUGAGCAGUUCAAGGCUGAGUAAAGACGUUAAUGUUGGAGAAAUUGAAGGUCUUAUUGGAGGAUUUUCUGCCCGAGCAGUGAAGAACUCAGGGCCAAGCCCUGGAAUAGGGCACAAUUACAAAAACUUCCAAUCUCUAGGCGAGGCUUCGAAGUCUGGUCCUAGUCCUGGUGAGGGACACAGGCAAGUUACUAAUGUUAAUAAACCGUAA